GUGUGGGCUUCGUGAAAAGUAUAAAAGGCGCUGCUUCUCGGCAUUAUAAACAUAACUCAGCAAGAGACACAGAGACAACAGACAGAGAGAGAGAGAAAUAGAUAAGGCAUACAGAAAUAUAAGAAGGUGUUAUAAUGGGAAAAGUUAUAUUUUUAUUUGCUGUUUUGGCGGUAGUUUUCGCGCCAUCUUACAGUCGCGAGGUGGUACCAUCAGGCCUCUAUCCAGCUUAUGUCAGUAACGGUGUUCAAAUACUGGUGUUGCAAAUAGAAGCCGACCAAGUAGCAUACAAUGUCUCCCUCGAGCAGUUUCAAGUAGUAAACGCUUCUUGUAAUAAAGUAGUAGAGACGAAGACACAACUUUGUGUUGACUGCGUUAAAGCGAAGUGCGAAGCACGCGCAGAGGAUGUCUGCUCACCAACGGGCUUUAAUAAGUUUUUGUACGAUUCAAAAGUUUUCUUCGAGAGCGGUCUUCCCAACUUCUUCACUUCAUCACUUCCAAAUUUCGUAGUAGGAGACGCUAAACAACCUUUUGUUUACCUUGGAACAGAAACUGACAAAUUCUUCACUGAUGGCGGUUUUCAGAUAGGACUGCAUGAAACUGGUGACUUCUUCAAAAAUAUCGGAUCAGGCUUUGAGAAUAUUGGGAAUAUUAAUUUUGGAAACUUAAUGAGUAGCAUUGGGAGCAGUUUGGGGAACUUAUUUGGGAAGCUUGAUUUUGGUUUAGGCAAAAGGCGACGUCGAGACUUGUACGAGAUUCUCACCAAUGCACACAGAAUCCGUCGUUCCGGAGAACCGACCUGCAACGCUCUUCAGAGUAAUGCCUCCGCCGCGUGCUCUUAUUACAUCCCUCAGUGCCCUGAUUGCGACAUCGUGAAAACCAGAGACUGCGAUGGAUACGAAGUCGCCCUCAAAGACGUGCUUCAGGCCUUGAGUAACUUGAGAUGGCUCUCACUGUACAAAGAAGACAAGUACGAAAUUCAUGAGAUUUCCUACGGCCAGGCAGUGUCCUACGGUCAACCUAUACCCAUUGCCAGGGUCAAGGCUAAUCUUUUUGGCAAUCUCAUCACGUACGAGGUGGAGAAUAUGAAUAUGUUUGACUUAAAAGGGACCGGUGUAGCCAUUGCUGAGGGAGCCAUCGCCGCCCUUAAAGCCGAGGCCGCUAAGAAUGCCGCUUAGGCCUCCUUAUUCCCAAAAGUUCAUAGGAGCUUGUACCAAAGUACCAAUGAUAUUUAGAAAAUAUUGACUCUAUAAUCCUGAUAUAUACCUGAUUUCUAUUUACUAUCUGUAAACUACCGUGCUUUCAUAAAUGCAAACAUUUUGAGAUUUCCCAAGUAAAAAGUCUGGAAACGUGGACUUUUUUGAGCCACCGAUUUCCUUUUUCUUAUUAGUACACAUUUGUUUGGAAAUUUUAGCUACUAUAUAAUUUCAAGUGCAUUUAGUUUAGUGAGAUGCCGUGCUGCAUUCGAAUAUUUGAACUCUUGAAAGUGAAAUUCACGCAGGGCGCAACAACUGACCUAACAAAACAAUCCUAUGCUUAAUAAAAUUACAUAUGUGCAUCAAA